AUGACAGAUAAGAGAGUUGAAGUAGUAGAUGACGAUGAGGAAGAAUAUCAAUUCAUUCCAUUCUCAAAGAGAGUUGAUUGGAAAGAUGUACAGCCUAUCGAACAAGAUGAUGGUCCCAAUCCAAUCUGUCCCAUAGCCUAUAAGGAGGAAUUUAAGGAGAAGAUGAACUACUUUAGAGCGAUCAUUAGAUCACAGGAGAAGACAAAGCGCGUACUUGAUUUGAUUGAGGCAAUCAUUGAGGACAAUCCUUCAAACUAUACUGUUUGGUAUUAUCGUCGAGAGGUACUCGCCAAGAUAGAGUUCGAUAUAGAUGAGGAGUUUGACUUUGUAGGAACGAUGGGAGAGGCCGAUCCCAAGAACUAUCAGAUUUGGAAUCACAGACGUUACUUGGUCGAGACGUACCACGACUGCACAAGAGAGCUGGAGUUUGUUGCCGAGCGUCUACACGACGACGCUAAGAACUACCACGCGUGGGCACACCGCCAAUGGGUCAUCCAGACGUUCAACCUGUGGGAGCAGGAGCUGCCCUUUGUCGAGUCGCUGCUCAAGCUUGACCAUCGCAACAACUCAGCGUGGAACCAGAGAUUCUUUGUCAUUGAGCAUCAGCACAAGCUGCCACUGCCAGCCGCCGUCAUCGCCAAGGAGACGCAGUACGCACUCAGCUUCAUCCGCAUGAGUCCAAACAAUGAGAGUCCCUGGAGCUACCUGCGAGGCCUGUUCAAAGGUCAAUCAUUGCUACAGAGUCCAGAGUUGAUGGAGACACUGCUCGAGCUCAAGGGCAAAUAUAUCGGAUGUCCACACGUACUCUCGUUGCUGAUCGAUAUGUACGAGGAGCAGAACACACGAGACAGUCUUACAGCGGCACUUGCCCUGUGCACAUCGCUUCAGAAUACCGUCGACCAAAUUCAUCACAACUACUGGCAGUAUAAGCAUGGCAAGCUAAUGUCCAAGCAGUCCUCACUGGACAUUAAGGUGUAA